GGAGAAUAAAUAAAAGUGAAGGGGUGAAGUAAAAGAAAAGCUUCAAGCAUUAGAAAAAAAAAAUACAGGUAAUUAUUUUGCUCUUGUUAUUCUGCGAUGACAUUAAUUAACAAAGCACCCUCACAUUCUUUUGCUAUGCUUGAAAUAUAAUCUCUUUUGUAUUUGCCUAUUCACAUUUUUCCCAUUUAAGAGGAAAGUCAUCUAUAAAGCACAAAGCAGAGAGCAAGAGCUUAGAUCAGUGAUGAUGAGGAAGUUAGGUCUAACGUUGUUCAUAACUCUUCUAAUCAUUCACACAAACGCUUUCCUUCUUCAAGUGAAGGCAAGUGAUGGAUUCAUCAGAACAAACGAGAUUCGGUUCUUGCUGAAUGGCAGUCCUUUCUAUGGCAAUGACUUCAAUGCCUACUUGCUAAUGUAUAUGGCUUCAUAUCCUUCUCAGGUGCAUAAAGCACCGGAGGCCAUUAGAGAAGCGUCCAACCAUGGCCUCGCUGUUGCAAGAACUUGUGCUUUCAGUGAUGGCAGCUGCAAGCCUCUUCAGUACGCCCCUAGCCGUUACAAUGAAGACAUGCUUAAGUAUAGGUGCGACUCAUCCGUGCAACAUCAGUGCGAUAAUAUUAUACGCUUCAG